UCAUGUUGUUGCUGUCACUAAAGCUUGACGUGGUCAUCGCCGUAUUUCUGACUGUUAUAAGGUGUUUAGGAUAAGAAUGCUGUUAGUGUUUAGUUGAAAUUAUUUGUAGGAACUUUGAUAUACUGUAUUGUUUUAGUAUCUAAAGUAAUUGAUAUUUGCUUGAUACAAAGCGAGUUAUGUCAGAUAAAAAGAGAUUCCUCAUAGCUGCAGUGGGCAUUUUUGUAUGCUAUUUUUAUUUUGCUAUCAUUCAAGAGAAGAUAACUCGCGGUAGGUACGGUGAUGAGCUCCAAGAAGAUGGCACGCAUGGUGAGCAAUUCACUUUCACACUUGCGCUGGUCGGUGUGCAGUGCAUAUGCAAUUGGUUGUUUGCCAAAGCCAUACUUACCAUAAAUCCGCAGGCACAAGACUCGACACCAAAAGUGUACCACGCGUCUAGUGCAUUGACCUAUCUGUUGGCGAUGAUCAGCUCGAACAUGGCUUUGCGAUGGAUAGCUUAUCCGAUGCAAGUUGUGGCUAAAUCAGCAAAGCCUAUUCCGGUUAUGCUGCUUGGCGUUAUACUAGGUCGAAAAUCGUACACGUUGCAAAAAUACUUGUUCGUAGUGCUAAUUGUUAUAGGAGUGUGCUUAUUUAUGUUUAAAGAAGGAAAAGUAAGCGAUAAACCACUGGAACUGGAAGGUUUGGGUCAGUUGUUAUUGAUUAUGAGCUUAACAAUGGAUGGAUUGACGGGAGCUGUGCAAGAACGAAUGCGACAACACAGCUCGCCUUCCGCUCAGCAUAUGAUGCUAGCUAUGAAUGGCUGGAGUUCACUAUUUGUAACUGUUUCGCUACUGAUAACUGGGGAAGGACAACUAUUCAUUGAGUUUGCAACCAAGUAUCCUCAAAUGCUAAUUCAUCUUGCGACGUUAUCCCUGGCAGGAGCUCUUGGCCAACUAUUCAUUUUUAUGAUGGUAUCAUCGUACGGUGCUCUGGCAUGUUCUGUCGUCACUACUACGCGGAAAUUCUUUACCGUUCUUUGUUCAGUUCUCUUGUUUGGAAACAGCUUAACAAAUCGACAAUGGUUUGGAGCGGGGCUUGUGUUUACCGGACUGUUCGCAGAUAUGUUUUACGGUAAAAAGAAUGCUGCGGGAAACGGAAAAUCGACGCACAAACUUAAAAAUAAAGGAGUUACUGAAGAGCUUCUUAAAUAAAAUCAAAUUCCGGUGUAAUGUAUUGUAAAAUGUAAACCAUGAAACAAAAAUUUCGAAGCAUUCCCAAUGAGAUCGUCCUAGCUUCAACACUUUUACAAAACCUAUAAGCUUGUUUGAUCCACGUGUUGGGAAUCUGGUGCUACGCAAUCACCCGUUGUAAUAAGCAUUUUGUCGCUGUGAAUACCAAUAAUUAGGUAAAAAAACUUCUCCACCCUUUUAUAGUUUUAAUAAAAAAAAUAUUAGUACAAACAUUAAGCAUUGUUCAUCAACGAAAGAAGUGUAAAUGAUUACAAAGUAGUCAAAUGUAUAUAUUCAGUGUUUUCGCGUAAUUAUCAAUAAGAAACACGGAUUAAUCCACUAAGCGGCGUGAUCUGGCCUUUCUCAUUCGAAAUCUAUCAUUCGUUGAAAUAAACAUGACACUGACAA